GAAAACACAAUCAUUCCCUCAAUUUACCUUAUUCGACAAAAUGGAUGAUCCCUCCUAUAUGUAAUGCAUAAAACGAAAUCCUGCAGAAAAAGUGUGCCAUUACACUAUUGGUUUCCCUCCAAUUUUAUGAAAUUGUAUCUCAUAUUUGUAAAAUUGGGUUCGUCUCUGGCUGAUCAAUUUUACCAGAUUGGCAGUGCAUCUUAGUUUCACCAUGAUACCAACAAUGGUGGAGCUAUGUCGAGAUGAUUGAAAGAGCCAAGUGGGUCCUAUGCGGUUGCUGCUGUUGGUACGAAGCAGCUGUCAUUGGCACCUUACGAGACAUCUCUCCUGCCGAUUAGUUCACUCACACCCAAUUAUAUUCUUCAAUUUCAAGAAACAGUUUGCUGCAUUCAGAGGCUUCCAGACCUAUAUCUCCCGACUUUGAGGUACUAGGCAUAAUGUAUGUAUCUUGACUUUCACUAAUUCAGAUACCCAGAAUGGAGGCGUUGAGAUUUUCAGUAUGGAAUGACUAGCACACUCCUCAGAGCCAAGUUUUCAGAAUUGGGCAUCCGGGUCAGAAUGGGGCAAAUGUGGGUUGGGUUUUACAUUUUAUGGUGUUGUUUCAUGGUGGUGUUGUUCAAUUCCCCUGUUUCUUGUAAUUCACCAAGGAGGUCAGGGCCUCCUGAGGAUGGAAUCUUGAGACAGAAUUUUGUUAAAGGUUCCACAAAUGUCGAGACAGAAAAACUUAUUAGGGCUACAGAAACUUCACUGAGGGUCGGGAAAGGAAUCGGGUCUGUCGUGAAAUCCAAUGUUAGAUCGGGAAUUCGGUCUAACAACCCAAUAGAAUUGGGAGUUAGACAAGUAGGCCUUGUUCAGGGGAGGCUACUGGGAGAAAACGUGACAAGAACUGAGAGUAGGGAUGGUUCUGUCAAUGCAGCGAGGAGGAGAAAAAGGGCGGGCACUGAUAGGAUAGAUAAGACAUAUGUUAAACAGAGUCCUCAGAAGGGUAAGGGAGUUCAAAAUUAUAAUAAUAAAAAAGAAUUAAGAGGGAGAAGAUCAAAUAGAGCUCAAGAUCCACCCAAGAGCCAGGAAGAACAAUCUAAAGUUAGUCAAGCUCAAGUGGGCCUCAACAGGGAAAAGCAAGAAAAUGAAAUUUCUGCAAUGCCAGAAAAUAGAAUGAAUCCUAGUGAGGCUGAAGAAGAAUCCAAGGGAGAUGAACUAAAGACUAGAGUCAAGGUCACAAGAUCUGUACCAAAGUCAAUACCCAAAAGUGAGAGUAUAGAGGAAGAAGAAAAUUCAAAUUCUGCAUUUGAACUGACCAAAGAAGAUGAAGAUAGUCAAGAAGAGUAUCAAAGAAAAGGAUUACAGAAUGGGGUUAAGGGAAAAAGGGCAGCUUCCAAGCCUUUUAACAAAUUUGUGAGGGAAGAGGAAGUAGAAGGUCCAAAAGCUGCAAUCCAAGACAACAAAGAGAAAAACAUUGGCGGAGAUGGUGGGGAAGAAUAUGAUAGAAAGGGAUUGCAGAAUGGAGUCAAGGGCAAAGGUUUGGUAUCCAAGUUGAGUCCCAAAGAUGUGAAGGAGGAGGAAGAAAACCAAAUUGCUGCAGUUCAAGAGAAUGCAGAGAGAAAUAGUGGUGGAGCUAGUGAAGAGGAAUUGAAAAGAAAAGGGCUGCAGCAUGAAGUUACAGGCAAAAAGCCUGUAUCCAAUUUGAUUCACAAAGAUGAGAUUGAAGAGCAGGAUGAAAACACAGAGGUUGCAAUUCAAGAGAAUAAAGAAAAAAAUAAUGAUAGAGAUAGUGAAGAAGAAUAUAGGAGGAAAGGAUCGCAAAACAAAAUAAAAGGAAAAAGGCCAGUAUUCAAGUCAAUUCACAAAGAUGAGAAGGAAGAGGAAGAAGAAGAUCCAAAUGCUUCAAGUCAAGAGAAAACCAACGGUGGAGAUAGUGAAGAACAGAACAAGAAAAGAGGGUUGGAGAAUGAAAGGAAGGGGAAAAGGAGGGCAUCAAAAUCUUCUCACAAAGAUGAGAAAGAAGGAAAUCUAGAUGAUUUGAUGCCAAAGAGUAAAGAGAAAGAGGAAACUUCGGAUAUUGUGGACAGUGAAGAAGAUCCAAAUGCUUCAAGUCAAGAGAAAACCAGCGGUGGAGAUAGUAAAGAAGAAAACAAGAAAAAAGGGCUGGAGAAUGAUGGGAAGGGGAAAAGGCAGGUAUCAAAAUCCACUCACAAAGAGGAGAAAGAAGGAAAUCUAGAUGCUCCGAUGCUAAAAAGUACAGAGAAAGAGAAUACAAUAGAAAUUGUGAAUAAUGAAGAUUCCAAGAGAAUGGAGUUUCAAGCUCGACUCGAAGGUGAUGAUUCGGAGUUGUUAGCGACUGGUAAACAUGAGAAAAAAGUAUAUGAUGAUGGUUUGGAACUAGCAGAGGAAAUUCUGACUCCGGAAGAUAUAUCGGCUCUUGAAAAUUUAGCCAAAAUCAAGGAAUAUGAAAAUGCCAAAGAAGAAAUGAGGAAAAAAAACCAAGACCGUGAAGCUGAUCAACCGAUAUUGGAUCAAACUGUUUCAAAUAAGCAGACCAAGAUGGACAAUAGGAGAGGCAAAGGAAUGCCAACCCAAAUGCCCAAGGUGGUCAGUGCAACUGCAGAUGAAUCUGAUAAAAGAGAAAUCGAGGAGGAUGACAUUAAGUUAAGAACCACUUCCAAAAUCUCUGAGACAGAAGAGGACAGUGCAGAUGAAUCUUCUAAGGAGGAUAAAACAAAUGGAUCUGCAGACAAUGAUAUGGAGGAGGAUAAUGUAUCUGAAACAGUGGUAACCAAGAAGCAGUUGGAUUCAGUUUUGCCAAAUCCAGAAGAGGAGAAUGUAGAUGAAACUGAAGACAAUGAUGUGGAGGAGGCAAAUGCAUCCAAAAGAGUGCCAACUAAAAAGCAAUCCAAAUCAAAUUUCUCAAAUUUUGAAGAGCAGAAUGCAGACGAAGCUGAAGACAAUGAUGUGGAGGAGGAUGCAUCCAAAAGAGUUCCAACCAAAAAGCAAUUCAAAUCCAGUUUCUCAAAUCAAGAAGAGAAGAAUGCAGAUGAAUCUGAAGACAAUGAUAUCAAGGAGGGUACUGCAGCCAAAAGAGUCCCGCCCAAAAAGCAGUCCAAAUUGAAAUUCUCAAAUCCAGAAGAGGAGAGCGUAGAUGAAUCAGCAGAUGAUCAUGCCAAGGUGGAAAAUGAGUCUGAAACAGUUCCAAACAACAAACAACCAAGAUUCAAUUUCUCAAAUCCGGAAGAGGAAAAUCCAGAUGAAUUUGAGGUCAGCGAUGUCAACGAGGAUGAUGAAAUCAAAACACUUCCAACCAACAAGCAAUCAAAAUCCAAACUCACAAAUCCACGUGAGGAUAAUGCAGAUGAAGAUGUAGGGAAUGAUAUCAAGGAGGAUGAUAUAUCUGAAGCAGUCCCAAAGCACAGGCAAUCAAAGUCUGAUGUCUCAUUGCAAGAACAGGAUAACGUAGGUGAAUCUGUAAAUGAUGAUGCUCAGUCAGAAGCAGAGUCAGAAACAAUUCUAGACGACAAGCACUCAAACUCUGUAGAUUCAGAAGAAUCAUCGGCCAAUUCUACAAACUCAGUUGAAGUAGAUGAAGAAGCAUAUAGUGAUUUCAUUCAAGAAAUUCAAGAUUUGCCCUCAAAAUUUCAGGAUACUGCAGGAAAGGUGGCUGAUAAGCUGAUGCCAGAAAUUGAGAAGUUCUCCAACAAAUCAAAGCAUUACUUCAACCGUGCUAAUGAGGGAAUCACAGAAGGCUUCCGACCCCUUAUUGGUAACAAAUAUGCUCCCUUUUUUGCCUCUAUGAUAUCCUACAUCCUUGUCCUGCUUCCCUUGAUUGUGGUCAUAGUUCUAUUCGAUAAAAUUAGAACUUACUUUCCUCUUCAAAAGGCCAUCCUCUAUGCUAAUAUUUAUCUAGCUGCGUACUUCGCUACACUACUACUUGCUUCCUUCUUAAUUGGCAUGGAACCUAUGGUAUUCUUCUUCAGAAACUCACUGACUGGGUACAUAUAUCUACAGCUGUUGGAAGCCUUGGGAUACAUAAUAUACCUGAUUUUGCAGUUGUUGAACUUGAUCAUUAGCUUUUCAAAGGGACCCGUUUCAGCCAAGCUUGCUGCAUUUCUGCAAUGUGGAGUGUCCAUCUUCAUUGGGUUGCAUUACUAUAUUACUAUUUUCCACAGGGCCAUGGCUCAGAAAGCACCUCAUACAAGCUGGAUGGUUUAUGGAGCAUAUACAAUUAUAUUUUUUGUUCUCUGCCUGUUUUCAAACACCAAGUAUGGAAAGAAGGAGUACAUUCAGGAGCAAUAUGGCAAUACUACAAGCAAGAAAAACUGAGAUUUGAUGCCAACGCACUUGAGAAUCCUCACUGGAUCUUUCACCACUUUGCUUGUUUUUCAUGUUACAACAUUUGAUUGAGCUACACAACAAGCUAAUAACGCAGCUUGCUGUAAGAGAAUCUUCUACUUCUGCAUGUAUUAUCAAUGUAUAUGCUUGAAUAUGUCCUCAGCCAUUAGUACUUUUCUUAAGAUAAUGUAAUUUUAAGCAUUGCAUGGUUCAUGUUUGGGAGGCACUCUGCCAUUGUAAUUAAUAAGUUUUGUGAAAUAAAUUUUGUUUCUUAAGUAGCAUAAA